UGUCACUAUCACAAAAGCUGGGGUAACAAAAGAAGAUUCAACACCUGAGAGAGAAAAAAGUCCUAAACAUAGUGUUAUAACAGAACUCAGUUUUGGACCUACUCAGAGUCACAUCACAGAAGAGGUUGAAUCAGCAAUGUCUCAAUAUACUCAAGCGGUGAAUUAUGCUGCAGACAAAGGCCCUAUUGAAGACACAAACUUAGAAAUUACUGUACUUGGCCAUGACCUAGAACCUGGGAGUGUGUGUGAUACUAUUGAUGUAACCCCUUUAUCUGUGGAUGUGUUGUGUCCUAAUGAACUAACUGUAACACCUGAUAGUGAUGACUCUACUGGUCCAGUGGUCAUUAAAAUACCUCAAACUGCUAAACUUGUUGGCUUACCCAGGAUAGAAGUUGAGAUAUAUUUGUCUGCAGACUAUCUUACUAGAGUGAAUAGACACUAACAGUGUGAUCAGACACCACCUUUGUGUGAAUAGAUGCUACAGUGUGUGAAUAGAUACUAAUAAAGUGUGAACAUAUACUAACAUUGUGUGAGACUAGAAUAGACUAACUAUGUGUGAAGAGACUACAAUUUCUACCUCAACAACCUACACUCCAUGUAUAGUGAGGCACAAAGAGCAUAAACAUUGAACCAAUGCAUUUUUGAACUAUAAUAUAUAAUGAUUCCUUUUGAUCAGCAUUAACAUUCCACAAUAACCAAAAAUGUUUUGCAUGAAUUUUUUAAUCAAAGAAUGUACAUACAUUUUCUGAAUGAUGACUGACCAAUACAUUAGUUAGAAUAGAAGGAAAUAUGUGAAUGUGAAAAGUAACUAAAUGCACCUUGGAUCAUGGUAAGUAAGAACUCAAGUUAAAAGUGUUGAGUUUUUUAUCUCCUGUUCUGUUUAUUCUGUUAUGUUACUGUUACAUUUGUUGGGUGCUGCAUGCUUGUUAAA